AUGGCUCCGGACCUCAACACCCUCCCUCGCUCAGAGGCGGCGCCCUCCUCGGGCUUCAACCCGGAGCAGAAGCCAAACAUCCUCUACAUCAUGGCCGACCAGCUGGCGGCCCCCCAGCUCAAAAUGUACAACCCCGACUCUCAGAUCAAGACGCCCAACCUGGAUCGUCUGGCGGCCUCGUCGGUCCAGUUCGACUCGGCCUACUGCCCUUCACCGCUCUGCGCGCCCUCGAGAAUGAGCAUGAUCUCCGGCCUCCUGCCCAUGAAAAUUGGCUCCUACGACAACGCCUCCCAGAUCAACUCCGAGGUCCCGACGUAUGCCCACUACCUGCGCUCCAAGGGCUACCACACCGCCCUGGCGGGCAAGAUGCACUUUGUGGGCGACCAGCUGCACGGCUAUGAGCAGCGCCUCACCAGCGACAUCUACCCGGGCGACUUUGGCUGGGUCGUCAACUGGGAUGAGCCCGACACCCGUCUCGAGUGGUACCACAACGCCAGCUCCAUCCUCCAGGCCGGCCCCUGUGGGCGAAGCAACCAGCUGGAUUACGACGAGGAGGUCAUGUACAAGAGCACUCAGUAUCUCUGGGACCACGUUCGCGAGGGCCCGGACAAGCGCCCGUUUGCGCUGACCGUCUCUCUCACACACCCCCAUGACCCGUAUACCAUCACCAAGAAGUACUGGAACCUGUACGAGGACGUCGACAUUGAGCUGCCCAAGGUCCGCAUCGCCAAGGAGAAGCAGGACAGCCACAGUAAGCGGCUGCUGAAGGUGUGUGAUCUGUGGGACCUCGACUUCACGGACGAGCAGAUCAAGAGGGCCAAGAGGGCGUACUAUGGCUCCGUGAGCUACGUUGACGACUGCAUCGGCAAGCUUCUCGAGACGCUGGAAGACGCCGGGCUGAUGGACAACACCAUCGUCAUCUUCAGCGGCGACCACGGCGACAUGCUGGGCGAGCGUGGGCUCUGGUACAAGAUGAGCUACUUUGAGUCCUCCGUGCGCGUCCCCAUGCUGGUCCACUACCCCAAGUGGUUCGCGCCGCGCCGCGUCAAGCAAAACGUCUCGACGCUGGAUCUGCUGCCCACAAUCUGCGACCUCAUCGGCACCAAGCCCGCGCCCUAUCUGCCCAUGGAUGGCGUCAGCAUGAUGCCUCACCUGCUGGGCCGGGAGGGCGGCGAUACGGUGUUCGCCGAGUACACGGGAGAGGGCACCGUGCGGCCGAUGAUGAUGAUUCGGAGAGGAGCCUGGAAGUACAUUACCUGCCCGGCCGACGAGCCGCAGCUCUUCAACCUCGACAAGGACCCCCUGGAGCUGGAUAACCUGGCACGCUUCGCCAAGAUUGAGCCUCGGACGGAGGACGAGAGGGAGGCCAAGGCUGCGUUCGAGGGCUUCGAAGCCGAGGCCAAGGCCAAGUGGGACUUUGAUGCCAUUACGGAAAAGGUGCUGCAGUCGCAGCGGAGCAGGCGCUUGGUGUGGGAUGCCUUGAGCAAGGGCAAGUUUACCAGCUGGGACCACAACCCGGAGGAUGAUGGCCGGCUAAAGUAUAUCCGGUCAAACAUUCCGCUGGACGACUUGGAGAGGCGUGCCAGAUAUCCCUUUGUCGAUUCGCAGGGGUACGAGAUUUCCAAGACGAUCAACGCGACCCGGGGGUAG